GAACCCUUCAUUGAAGCCCCAGGGGUUCUCGUCCUAAUAAACACAGAUUAGCCAGGCGCGUGCACAGAGGGUGCGUGUGACCCCCUUGGCCGGCAAAAAGUGUGUCAUUUCUUGUUGAAGGAUCAUCAGAUAAAUUGUUUUCCCAUAGACGGCCAAAGAUUGGGUCAUUUCUUAUUGAGGAAUCGUCAAAUACUAUCCUUUUUCCAUAUGAUACCUAUGACUUCGCACCCCCCAGCCACAUAUCUUUCUGUCUUGCUCAUAUUUGAUCUAUCAUAAGAUCACGGGGCUUCUGUGGUUUUCGCAACAGAAAGGGACUGCGUAUAAGCAAUAUUUUCGUUCUCCCAUUUUGCCAGCUCUCCAAAUAAUAUUUCUGUUUUGAAAAAGAAUAACAAUAAUAUCCUACUCCUAAAGGAAUAACGCUAAAAGCACAUGGGUCUUGUGUGCUCGCGAAUUUUUCCUUCUUCGGUAACCAUCAAUGGACGAAGCUAUCGCGUUGUCAAAGAUUUGGGCGAAGGAGCGUUUUCUUAUGUUUGCCUGGUUAGACAAGGGAGGAGGCAGUUUGCUUUGAAAAGACUGAGGCUCCAGCUACCUGAACAAGAAAGAGCAUUUGAACGAGAGGUUGAAGCACAUCGGAGCAUAGACCACCCAAAUGUUAUGGCCAUGCAUGAUGUAGAAAUCGUUAGUAAGAAGAAUUACAAGGAAGCACGUAUGCUUCUUGAUUACUAUAAGGAAGGAACCGUUCAAGAUCUUAUAGAGAGGACUCAUGAUAGAGGCCGCCACAUUCAGGAGCUGGAGAUUCUUCACAUGUUUAGAUCAGCUUGUGAAGCAGUAAUGGCUUUUCAUGACCUCCAACCGCCACUUGCACACAGAGACCUCAAGCCUCACAACCUUCUUAUUGGGCCCAACAACACUGUCAUCAUCUUUGACCUUGGCAGUGUGACGAAAGCAAGGGUGUCGAUUACUUCAAGGAGAGAGGCAUUAGCAUUGCAAGAGAGGUGUGCAUGCGAAUGCACUGCUGCCUAUCGAGCGCCAGAGCUUUUUGAAGUUCCAUCUCAGUGUGAAAUCGAUGAGAUGACGGAUGUAUGGUCUUUGGGGUGCACACUCUAUGCAAUGGCCUAUGGGGAUAGCCCAUGUGAUGGAUCAGCACUCUCCGCCCUAAGUGGUAACAUCAGGAUUCCGACAGACAGCGUUUAUUCCAUGGAGCUCAACGGCCUGAUUCUCGACAUUCUACAGGUGGACCCCACCAAGCGUUUGUCAUUACGCCAGAUCCUUAGACGCCUGGACAACCUUGCCCCUCCCCGGACAGUUUUCAGUUGUGACACUGAUCCUGCCAGACAGACAUGUAAAUAAAUUACAAGAGUACAUAAACGCUGAAUCACAAAGCUUGCCUGACCUGGUAUCCCCACUGUCACGUAUAGGAGUACAGCAUGGGACACCCGUGCAGAUCCUUUAGUAGCGAUGAAUAACUCAUUUGGAAAUGAAAAAAUGGCCACUAUUUGUUAUCUUAUACAAGCUAUCAUGUUUUCAAAAUUUCUGAUCUCUACAUUAACUACAAUCUACAAAGUUAGUCCAAAAUUGGGUCUAGAAGUCUCUUCUCUUUCUAAAAAUCUGGCUUUGCCCCAGGCUUCUCUAGGCUGCGCUGCCAUGUCUUAUGACGUCACCCAUUGAUUUCCCGCUAGCUCCAGGAGCUCCCCCAGAUUCUCAAUGUGUUUAUUCUAUUGUUCCAUCUAAAAUUUAAGUUUUAGUUUUACAGCACCUAAUCUUCGUAGCAAUUUGCAAAAAUAUUGAUGUCUUUCUUGGCGCGUGCAGUUCCCACACAGCCUGUUACUCCGCAAAAGGCCCCUUGUGUUUGCUAUGCGCGAGUCGUAAUGUUACCGGGUGGUAUUUUGGGUUAUUUUAGAUUUUGCAAAGAUUUUAAGUAAGCGAUUUUGGGAUUGCGAUUAUAAUUGUUUUACGGAUUGUUUCUCAAACGUGAUUCUAAUUCGAUCCGUACACGUUUAGGAAUUUACUUUCAACAUGUUUCAAAUUCCUUUAGAUUAGUAUCAAUAGCUUGAUAGUGCUAAUUGAAUCAAGUAAGCGUCCUUUUACCAUUUCCCAGGAAGAUUAGUUUCUAAAUUUGACAGGACAAUGGACGCUGAGUAAUUUGAACGGUAGUAAAUGUUAGCGUCCCUAGAAAAAUGCGCGUCCCCAAACGAGUAUAAAAGCGGCUGUUUUUACAGUAUCUGUUAGUUUUUUUUAGUUUAGUACCGUUGAGCAAAGGAGACGCAUUACUUGCGCGGCGUGAUGCGGGAGCGAGAUAUGCAGUUGCUCAGGGAAGACAGUCAGCAGAGAUAAGCUACAAGCUUAGAGCGCUGUCCGUACGAGCCUGUCAUGCCAGUUGUGUUCAGUUUGAUUUACCGGUUGUAAGUACUUUGUUUUUAAAACUAGCCUUUGGCUUAGGUCACCUUUUCUCCGGAUUUGACUAUGUUUGUUAUCACUUAAAAUUUAUUAUUUAAUUUGUUAAUAAAUCCUUUAUAAGUCCA